GUGGGGUAAGGCCUAUGAAUUCUGAUGCAGACAUGGAUAUGCCAAUCAGAUCGCCAGGUCGAGGCACUGGGAGUGUCUAACGGUGAUGUACCAUAAAAAAAAAAAAAUCAAUCAACUAAACCAAAGACUGUUGAAUUAUAAUGGGUACAGCGCAGUGAAGUCUACGUUUUUAGAUUGAAAGAUGAUUCCGAUUGUCAUGGAUGGAUUUACAGCACAGAUCUCAUUGCUCAGUGCUCACCACCUAUAAUGACUGAAAUGAGGACUUUUUAUUAUAGGGCUGAAAGCCUGAAAUCAUAAACUGUCGCUGAAUUAUUGCUCUAUGGGCCUGGUAGUUUGUUAUGGGCUCUAAGUUCUAUACAAAUAUAAGAAGUUCAAAAUAUUACGGUUUUGGCGAAAUCUUUUUUAAUCUGUUUUAGGCAAAAAUUCACUCUGGCAGUCCACUAUCCGCCAAUAACCAGUUUUCUUCCAAACUGUCGAGACACAGAGAUGACCUUGCAGCUAUCAGGACUGUGAUUACCCUGUCCUAACAUCCUAACAACCCCACUCACUUUGUUCAGCGCCGAACCUCUCCAGACCCAAUCCCCAAACUUUCUCCAACAAAAACAUCUCUCACAGCCACCGCUUCUCUCUGCUCUCAUCUCACCAUCCAGGCAAGCUCUUAUUUAUCCCCAACUCUUAAUCCAUGAUUUCGUGUUUUCAGUUUCUUUGUAAGAUUAUAUUAUUCCAAUCCCAACUCAAUGACAAAAUGUUGCAGAUUAUCGGUGGAAAAACUCCAUCGUGUCGUGAAAAUGGCAGUGUCACUGUCGAUGGCUCGGUUGAAGAUGAAAUUGAUUGGGAUGAAAUGAAUGCUCAUCUUUACUACUGGACCAGGCAACUCGGUCCAGUCCAGAUAUGGGGUGUUUUGGCAAAUGGUAUGGUGGUACCCUGGUCAUAUUGCAAAAACAGAAAAAGAACUAAAAGAGCAAUUCAAGUUGAUGGAUGUUGUUAUGGAAGUACGAGAUGCUAGAAUUCCUUUGUCUACUACUCACCCUCAGAUGGAUUUAUGGCUUGGUAAUCGAAAGAAGGGUUUAGUUUUAAACAGAGAAGACAUGAUAUCCACUGCUGAUAGGAAUGCUUGGGCAAUAUAUUUCUCAAGGCAAGGGACAAAGGUUGUCUUCUCGAAUGGGCAACUUGGAAUGGGGACUAUGAAGCUAGGUCGGUUGGCAAAGUCUUUAGCAGCAGGUGUAAAUGUUAAACGCAAAGCCAAAGGACUCCUUCCUUGUCUGGUGGCUUUUGCGGCAAUUUUAGCAUGCCUGUUUUUUCAUUCUUGAGUAGUGUCUUAGCUUCUGUGAUUCACUGCAUUUUGCAAGUUUUCUCUGUUGUUUAUUUGUGUUUCUAAACUUUUUUUUGUAAGUAGUGAUCGGGAUGUUUACAAGUUUUAUAUUUCUAAAUACAGACAGGUGGGCUCACUUUGGGAAAUAUCUUGAGUUGCUCGACUCUCCAGUAACACUCCCAAUGCGAAUUAGUGAUCACGCAGCUGCAAUAAAGCUUGCCAUAUGUGAUGACAUUGGAGAGAGGUCCUAUGACGUUGCUGAUGUUGCAGCUAUUCUUGUGCAGAUGUUAGCAAAGCUUCCAACAGUAGGGAUGUAGUUACAUAAUGUUUUGUUCAUUCAGUGGCUUUUCUUUUCCUUGUUUGUCAAGAAAGCACUCUAGUUUCAUAGCCAGGGCUUUUGUUUCAAGCUGAAAUUUACUAAAAAUUUCAGUUUGCAUCACAAAUUGCAAAGAAAUAAACUGAAAUACUGGUUGUUAUUGGCGUCUUUUAUGUUAGUGAACGAGACUUGAUAAUAACUUUUGUGGUAUAAUUAUUCUAAUUAAAAGUAUGGAUUGCGAGAACAAAGAACUAAUAAUUUUUGAGAAAAUUAUUUUUCUUUCUUUUUUGUUUGAUCAAGAUGGUAUAAUGAGACCAUUAGAUAUAUGGGACUUUAAAUAGCUGUGGGAACCUGAAGUGAUGAAGUUAGUGGAUAACAGAGAUUCAAAAUGGGGAAAGGGUAUCUCAAUAGGGCCAUUUCACGAAGCGACGACUACUUUUCCUUGUUUAUUUUUGCAGGAGGAAUAUAACGGAUGCAUUUUGUAAAUUUUUCC